GCAUCGAACGGAAGGCGUCCAAUACCAACCAUUCCAGCUCCAGCGGAAGAUGUUUCGUAUAAUGGGCUAUUAUCCUGGAGAUGACUGGUUUACUCAUUGGAGUAGAAUUCCAGCGUUCUUUAUUCAAUACUUUGGACAAAUGUGGUUGUUCUACUGGGAAGUGAGAUACUCGGUGAUAUCUUGGAGCGAGGGCGAACUUAUGGCUGGUCUGGAAUCGUUCUGCCCAGCGCCGUCCAGGUUGGCCGCACUUCUGAAGUGUUUGUAUUUGAUUGCUCAGCGUAAAAGGUUGCGUAAGCUGAUAAACAGACUGCAGGAACUGUUCAAUCGAAAAGAAUCCCUAGAAAUACCUAGCAAUCAGUGGGCAACCUAUUGGGGCUACCAAUUCACCUAUUGGGAGCUGCUGUUUACCAAUCUGACGUGUUGGUUCUUUAUAACGCUACCGGUGGUGGCCAUGGUUUAUCAUUCAAUGAAGGAACCCGAUGAACCGAGAAUUUUUUUGUUUCCUAUCCGAUUAGAUCUUCCGUUCGAAUACCGCAAAUCUCCGCUGUUCGAGAUAUGCUACGUAAUCGUUUGCUAUCUCGGCUACACGGUCAUCCUUUUGAUGGCCGGAAGCGAUGGUCUCUUCAUUGGCAGCUGUUUGCUCAUCUCGAGCCAGUACCGCAUCGUCCAGCGGCAGCUGCAAGCAUUGGGCGACAACGAAUGGCCCGCUGCUACCGCUUCAAAGGACAAUUACAGCGAUGAAGUGGAAAACGAGCGGAUCUUCGAACAGCUCAAGUUAAUCACCCAGCGGCACAAGCAAACGAUUGACAUCACCAGCGAGAUGUCAGACCUGUUCCAGCCAAACGUUUUUGCCAGCAUAACGAUUGCGUCGAUCAAGAUAGGGCUUGCCUGUAUCACUUUGAUGAAGGCCGAAGGCUUCGGGAAACUGAAAUUCAUAUGGUACACGUUGGGAGUAUUGACGGAGAUAUUUGUGUACUCGUACGGUGGAACUCAUCUUAUGGAAGAGAGCGAGAGAAUAGGCGAUAGUGCUUACGACUUUCCCUGGUAUCGAUACAGAAAGGAUGUCCGACAGUUGAUUCAGCUGAUGAUGAUUCGAGCGCAGAAACCAUCCCGCAUUGAGGUGCCGUUUUUCGAAGCAUCGUUCGUCACAUUUUCAACGAUCCUCCAAACGGCCGGCUCGUACGUUACAUUGAUGCAAACAUUUGUGGAAAAUUAAACUAUGGAAAUAAUUGCAAUAUGCAACUGCAUUCCGCACUUACUAAUGAUGCUUGAGGCAAACGAGAGAGCGAGAUAUAGUCGAACUUAAUUUUGAGCAAACACCAAGCCGCGGAGUAAACACACGAACACGCCCACACAAAGUCAUCUUCUAGAGCAAGCAAGCGCCCCGGAAGACAUUAGCCCUAUACAGAACCGGUGCUCUCGCUUCCGAAUGCUACUGUCCAUCCAAUUCCCGCACCCCCCAUACGAGAUCCAAAGCGGGUAUCGCCACCGGUUACGUUCCUAAAUCGAUGCCAACUUUCCAACGUGAGCAGCGAACAUCGAAUUUCCGAACCGCCUCCAGGUCCCUCUUAUCAUCGGAACAAAUGGCGGGGCGCGAAGCUGUAGCAAAAUCGCACCUCAGAGUAGCACCUGUUUUUAAAAACGUUUCGCUACGGACGCUAUGGACGAUUCACAGGGCAAGCAAUCGAAAGCGCAUAGUCACGUGAAGUACAAUCGACACGGUGAGAAGGGUAAUUAAAUUUCCCUGCAACCAUUAACAAUAGCCAAAGCCUUGAAACGUCGUUUGGGACAGACUCCA